GCUGAGGGGGCUCUGGGGGCCUUGUUUCUCGACGGUGCCUGCGUGAACCCGUCCCAGCACAAUGGGCGAUACGAGCUGCAGAGCUACACUGCUAGCAGCAGGCCAUUGUAUAAGCACUCGACCGAGACGUUGUACCUCUACUACGAUCCAGAUUGUGAUGGCAAAGGCAGCCCUGGCCAGUGGAUGUUAAGCGGCAAGUUUGACACAGCUCCGUCCACAUCCUUGGAGCAGGACUUAGACAAUGAUGGCGAAUGUGAGUCGAUCAUGUUCAUACGAACCAAGACAUCGCUCCCCCCGCAGAAUGCAACAUGGAGCAGAUACUGCGGCGAUGCGUACUCUGAUGGCUUCGUCACACUUUCACCAGAUGAGAAUGCGACAACAUGGACGAUCACCACGACCACAUCAACCACUGUUACAGAGACGACCACGAGAACUGCAACUCGUGCUGCGAAUGUGUCCGAAUGCCUGGUGGUCCGGAAUGGCUGCCUCCCUUUGCUUAGCGGCGUUUACCAGCAGCGGGGUUGGACCCGACUCGGAAGACCUUGGUACCAGUACGAGAACAGCAUCACAUCCGCUGCGGUGUACCUUUGGUACGACGAGCAGUGUGGUGCAGCCUGGUACUUCAAAAGCACUUCCCCCAACGACAACAGCUCGAACGACCUUGGCGGUGCUGACACAUGCAAUUUCUAUUCGAGGGCCGACAGCCACGAGGUUUUGCCGCCAGAUUCUGGUUGGCAAACGCAGUGCACAGAUUCUCAGACUGGCCUCGCCGCACACCAGGUAAGUUUUGGAGCAGCCGUUCACUGGAAAGUGUCAUCCGGGUUAUGUGAAAUCUUGCCAGAAAGCCAGUGCAUCACUACCACCGGCUUUCCGCGGAGUUUCUAUCAGAGCUACGAGCAGUGCAGCAUUGAGGUGGCUGAAAAUAAUACUAUGCCGAUCCAAGUCCUUGCCUUCAAGACGGGCUCCGAAGACAAAUUGAUGGUGAACGGUCAAAGCUACUCUGGCACCCACGGCCCUGACGAUGUAGUCCCUCAGGGAAUCGUUGAGUGGAGUUCUGUGGCUCAGCUGCAACGAUGA